AUAAGAGCAACGGCAGCAGCCACUGAGGAGCCUUUACCAUGCAGGGAUACACAUGGAGUUCAAAUCGGCGUCCUUCGCAAAGGUACCAAGAUCGGCCUCCACCACAAUACCAAGAACGACUUCCAAAUCAUUACCAAGAACGGUCUCCACCUCAGUACCAAGAACGACUUCCACCUCAGUACCAAGAACGGUCUCCACCUAAUUACCAAGAACGAUCUCCACCUCAGUACCAAGAACACUUCCCACCCAAUUACCAUGCUGUCAGAAAUGAUCAACCCAGUGCAUUCCAGGUACAGCUCAUCCCGCAAAUGCAAACCACAUUACAGACAAGAUAUUCCAAUGGUCAACAAGAGGCUGCAAAUCAGUGGAACGCUUGCUCAGGCAGUGCGAACUCUUCUACUUUUCAACCAAACUCAAAUGGAUAUGAUUGGUUGAAACGGACAAACCAGAUCCAUCCCCAGCACCAAUUUGCAGCCAAACACACACAGCAGCACUACCCACCUGACAACACCAACGCAUAUAGGCAUCAUCCCCAAUUCGUGCAAUGGCAUGAUUCCUCCCUACAGAACUACAGAAACACAGGCUAUAGUCAAGCUCCAAUGUAUUGGUCUCCACAGUCAGACCAUGGCAGCUCUGUGGGUAACAGCAGGGGUUGGAGUUCCCACAUUUCCAACAAUGGCAGCUCUUGUUCCGUGAACAAUCAGCAACAAUUUCAAGCCCCUAGAAUGGCUGCUCAUCAUCACCAUCAACAACAACAACAAGAAGAGCUCUCUAGACAAUAUUCAGGCAAAACACGAAGAUGCCACACACAAUACUCUUCUCAGGUCUCCCAAAAAAUUCUUAACAAUCAAGCUCAGAGCAGAAUUGAGGCCAAUCGUACCUCGUGCAACUCUACGACACCACCUUCUGGACCACAGAGCAAUGUUUCAUUGCCUUCCAAUAAUUUAAACCAAAGUCCUGUUGACCAGAAUCGGUCAGAACUUGGGUCAAAUGCAGGUCCAGAUGUAUCGGCGACCCAGCCUCAGAAUAAUCAAGAUGCUGGACAUCAGUCUCAGGGCACAAACAAUGGGACAUGUAACGUUAAUCAGACCUCUCAAACGACACAGACCAGUAAAGCCCAGCUUCAGCCCCACUCUAAAACUGAUUUUAACUUGUCAUCUUAUGCUGACUCAAUAAUAUAUAGAUUACUGUGUUCAAAUGGUAAUGAAAAAUCAGAUGUAAGGACUGCAUAUCAGAACACUCGUCCAGAACAGUCGGAAGUUUGUGCAACCAGAAGGACUGGCAAUCACUCAAAGGAACCAAGAGCACAGUGUACAGUUGAACCGCCCAGCAAAAGAAUGAAGUAUGCUGUGAUUCAGAGAGACUGUUGGAACAAAGUAACAAUAGUGUCCAAAGACAAAAUUGAUUUUGGGGUGCAAUAUGCACAAACUGGUACCCAUCAGACAAGUAAUGAUGAGAACAGACGUAAAGGAACGAGCCAACACAACAUACAGUACAGUACGGACCCAGCAGACUGUCUUGAAGUGGUGUUUGCACUACAGAAAGCUGCUCAGCAAAUUCACAAGGCCAUAGCCAUCGUUCCACCCAUUUCCCAACAGAUCAUAAAUGCUGCACCGACAGCUGAUACCAGCCCCAAAAAAGCUGAAAGUCCACCGUUAAAGAUUGAUUGCGUUUGGUCACUUGUUGAAGAGUCUAAUGAACAAAAAACUGUAAAUGACAAGCUGUCUGAAUCCUCCUCACAAACGGCUCAACAGGACAACAAAAGCCUUGAAAACACGACUGAAAGCAACAUCGCAGACCCCGAUGCAUGCUCUGCUAGCCCGGUUGAAUGUCAAAAUGACGUGCAGCAAAGUGACUGUGAUUCAAGUGAUCUUUCAUUUGACUUUUCCAGUGUGCCAGUGAUUGACCACACACUGGAGAAACUGAUGGACUUAGCAAAGUCUUUAGAGAUGACAGAGUUAUCGGCCGGAUAUCCUGAGUAUUCUGAGAGCGUUUUAGAAAGGAUCGUGAAACUCUACUGGAAUGGGAAAGCUUCCAAUAUGUUGGAGCCUUUGAAAUCAUUUGGCGAGGUACUGCACUUAUCCAUAAUAUAUGCAAAGGAUUACGGGUCUGUGGUAUUUAAAGGCAUCGAAACUGAAAACCUGAAGAAGCUAGCUCAUUGCGACAUUCUCAAAAAUGAGAUGUAUUCAUCGUCAGAGGAGUUCAGGUCUUCUUGGUUAAAUGUUGAUGGACAGCCAGCUGAUAUUGAAAAGGUGCUUUCAGAGCCACAGUUGGAUGACGCAACUGUGUUCAAGGCAACACCACAGACUUUUUCAGAUAACACUGUUGUCGCUUCAGCCAGUUUAGGUGUGAAUUCCCUCACAGACAUGCCUGAGGUUUCAUCCGAGGAGAAAAGUGUGAAUCCACACACGAGCAGUCCAACAGAUCUUUUCAUACAAAAGGCAGGAAAUGACAGUGAGGAAGUGACUGCGGAAAACCAUGGGCAUUCAUAUGUAGUGCUCAGAAAAGAAAGUGAGAAAGAGACAUUCAAGAAACAAGAGGACAUCAAUCAAAACCAAAAUUUUAAUACAGAACCCUCAGACAUCUCACCUUUAGCUGAAAGGUCUACAGAGAAACCUGCAGACCUCGGCAAUGCAAAAGAAGUAUUCAGACAAGAUCACAAGCAAACACGUGAUAAUGUAUCAGAUUCACCGUCUCUGAGCCCUGGAGAUAGUGUUUCAGUUGAUGUAAAAAACUCUGAGGUGUCUUUCUCUACUGAGACUCAUUCUACCUCCAUGGAUACAUGGCAGGUGGAAGAUGUUUCUGAUGAUAAAAAUCCAGGCAAUAAAGAGGCUCUGAAUAACUCCUCAGACACUUGGCUGGUAGAAGAUAUUUCCAAUGAUGAAAAUCCAGUCAGUAAAGAAGCUCUGAAUAACUCCUCAGAAACCUGGCUGGUAGAAGAAAUUUCUGAUGAUGAAAAUCCAGGCGAUAAGGAGGCUCUUAAGAACACCUCAGACACCUGGCUGGUAGAUGAUAUUUCUGAUGAUGAAAAUUCUGGAAAUAAGGAGGUUCUUCUUAAUUCCUCAAAUAUCUGGCAGGUGGGAGACAUCUCUGAUAAUGAGAAUCCAGGCAAUAUGGACACUCCAAGCAACUCCUCAGACAUAUGUGCGGUGGAAGAUGUUUCUGCUGAUGAAAAUUCAAGCGAUGAUUCCUUGUUUAUGGGAAUCACGGUGCUAUCAUCAGAAGAUGCUAAAACAUUUUUCCAACAGUUCGAAAAGGAACCUGAAUGUAACAUCAAAACCAAAUCUCAAUCCAACUUUGAGCACCUAGAUCUUGUAGCGUGCUUUGAUGCUCACAGUCAGCCUAACCAUAAGCACAACAAAGCAUAUAUUUGCUCUCGCUGUGGUGCAGAAAAUGCAAAAUCAAGUUCCUCUAAUGUGACAAAGACAGACAGUGAUGCUGAUCUUUUUUGCCCAGAGUGUUGGGAACAGGCACCACUUUUUGAGCUAGAAGAGGAGCCAUAUGAGGCCAAUCUUCCGGGCUCUGCUGCUAAACCCAAAAAAUUGGGUCAAAAUUAUAGUCUGCCAUGUCUUAAGUUGGAAGUCAAUGAGCCAAAUUUGGCUUCAACAAAGGAAUGCAUUGUGUAUGAAGGACUGAAAGGACAAAAAAGUGGUUGUCUGGUAAAAUCAAAAUCAGAAGAAAAUUGUAGUCCACCAUCCCUUAAAACAGAAGUCAAGGAGUCAACUGUUGCAUCAAAUGAUGAAUGCAUUGCGUAUGAAGGACUGGCAGGACAAAAGAGUGCCUUUUUGGUACAAUCAGAACAGGGACACAAUUGUAGUCCGCCAUCUGUUGAACUAAAAGACAAGAAGCCAAAUGUUGCUCUACCGGAGACAUGCAUUGCAGAAGAAGGACUGACCGGACAAAAAAGAGACUUUAUUGUAAAAUCAGAACUGGUAGAAAACCGUAGUCCACCAUCUCUUAAAACAGAAGUCAAGGAGUCAACUGUUGCAUCAAAUGAUGAAUGCAUUGCGUAUGAAGGACUGGCAGGACAAAAGAGUGCCUUUUUGGUACAAUCAGAACAGGGACACAAUUGUAGUCCGCCAUCUGUUGAACUAAAAGACAAGAAGUCAAAUGUUGCUCUACCGGAGACAUGCAUUGCAGAAGAAGGACUGGCAGGACAAAAAAGAGACUUUAUUGUCAAAUCAGAACUGGUAGAAAACCGUAGUCCACCAUCUCUUAAAACAAAAGUCAAGGAGUCAACUGUUGCAUCAAAUGAUGAAUGCAUUGCGUAUGAAGGACUGGAAGGACAAAAGAGUGCCUUUUUGGUAAAAUCAGAACAGGGACACAAUUGUAGCCCGCCAUCUGUUGAACUAAAAGACAAGAAGCCAAAUGUUGCUCUACCGGAGACAUGCAUUGCAGAAGAAGGACUGACCGGACAAAAAAGAGACUUUAUUGUAAAAUCAGAACUGGUAGAAAACCGUAGUCCACCAUCAAUUAAAACAGAAGUCAAGGAGUCCACUGUUGCAUCAAAUGAUGAAUGCAUUGCGUAUGAAGGACUGGCAGGACAAAAGAGUGCCUUUUUGGUACAAUCAGAACAGGGACACAAUUGUAGUCCGCCAUCUGUUGAACUAAAAGACAAGAAGGCAAAUGUUGCUCUACCGGAGACAUGCAUUGCAGAAGAAGGACUGGCAGGACAAAAAAGAGACUUUAUUGUAAAAUCAGAACUUGUAGAAAACCGUAGUCGACCAUCUCUUAAAACAGAACUCAAGGAGCCAACUGUUGCUUCAGCAGAGGACUGCAUUGCAGAUAAAGGACUGACAGGACCAAAAAGUGACAGUAUGGUCAAAUCCGUGACUAAGACAGUGCCUGAAAUUCAGGGGUCAGCUGAGAGGGAGAUAACCAAGAUUCAACCGAAUAAGCAGAAAAAUGAAAAAACAAAGAAAAUUAGAGUACCCAAGUCCCAAUCUCUCAAGCAAUGCAGAAAACCAUUUCCAAAGAAAACGGCGUUUUCCAAGCACAAGCUAAAAUCUGGUAACAUUAGUACUGGUUCUGAUGAUUCUGUGCUUUUCGUUCCAGAUAUUGUGGUUAAAAUGAACUGGCCACAAAAGAAAAAACUACCUGGUAUAUCUGCAAACAAACGCUGUAGUGGCGAGAGUCAGAACUGCAGUAAGGUGAAAAAAUUCAAAGAACACAGACAAGAAAGACGAGAUAAUCCUGACAGAACCUCAACGACCCAUAGAGAAAACCUACAGAAAGUGACAGAGAAAGUGUCUGAUCAAUCAAAUGACAUACCAUCCCAGCAGUCAGAAAAUAAACCGGAGCUGCAUGGUAUUCUGUCAGUGAAUAAAAUAAAAAGAACCGAGCCAAAGAAAGUGAGAUUUGACUUGUAUGGGUCCAAAACAGAAAAACAGUACUAUGCCCCAGAACGGCGUUUUUCAGCUCCUGCUACAUUAACGGUCUCUGAUUGCAAAGACAAUACCGAUAUGCUUUCUGCUAAACAAAAAGUUCUCAACCAGUGGAGUAGCACCUUUAUACCUAAAACAAAGAAGACUUUUCAUCCCAGGUCACCACAGGAAAAAAAAACACAGAAACCUCAGGACCUCUUAAAGUCAAAUAUGAGUGCAUUAAAAAGCCAUUUGACUCACAGAGCCAAGCUAUUAUCUAGUAGUGACAGAGAGAGAAGUCACUUUAGAAAACAAGUUUUUCAUCAAAAGCUUAGGAAAACACUAAGCAGCUAACCUGUGUCGAAGUUGCUUAAUUGUUGCUUUUAUUGUUUACUUAAAUAUGUUUACACAUAAUAGCUG